AAAAACACGGAAUGCAUGUACGCUCCUGUAAAGCUGUAUGUUUGUAUUUGUUGCAGGAAGACACCCGGGACCAUAGAUGUGAUUGGCAGACAGACUGCCACCAUUAGCAGGGUGGAAGGACGACGUCGCCACAAUCUGGAGGGGAAUAAUAUCCAGGUGAUCUCGGAACAUUCCAGCUCUGAGGCUGAACCUGCCAAGAUGCCACCUCCUUUCUUUCCCCCAGGACCACUGCCUCCAAACAUCCCACCUCCUCCAUUCCUCCCUCCUCCAGUCAGUCAGGCUCCACCUCUAAUCCCGCCUCCAC